UCGUUAAUGGAUAGCUUAUUGGGUCUUCUUCGGGUUCGGGUCAUUCGCGGCGUCAACCUCGCCGUACGCGACGUCCGCAGCAGCGAUCCUUACAUUGUCGUUAAAAUGUCCAAACAGAAGUUGAAGACCCGCGUGAUCAAAAAGGACAUCAAUCCCGAAUGGAACGAGGAUCUCACUCUAUCUGUUACAGAACCGAACGCUACAGUCAAGCUGACAGUGUACGACCACGACACGUUCAGCAUGGACGACAAAAUGGGAGUCGCGGAGUUCGAGAUCAGACCAUUCAUCGAAGCAUUGCAAAUGAAUUUAGCAGAGGUACCAAGUGGAACGGUAGUGUCAAGAGUGCAGCCAAGCAGGCAAAAUUGCCUAGCUGAAGAGAGCCCCAUUGUGUGGGAGGAUGGCAAGGUUGUUCAAAACAUUUGCCUACGCUUGCGCAACGUCGAGCGUGGCGAAGUCGAGAUCCAGCUGCUAUGGAUCGAUCUACCCGGUUCUAAAGCUGCAUUGACCACGUGCUCCAAGACAUGGAUGGAACUGAGUGGCUACACGACGGUUGAACCUGGUAAAGAAAAGGAGCGUCUUGAGAAGAUACCGGGAAAAAUAAAGAAGGCUUGGGGUCCCGCGUGGCGUGUACCCGGCGUCGCUAACUAUGUGAAUCGCUUCAAGUCUACACUUCUUCUCCAACGCUGUUUAUAUAAGAAAUGA